GGCAAUUCUACUAAGCUUUUCUCGAUUGAUUAUCACCCCCGAAACACUUGAAAUAGUUAUGAAACUCUUCAUAAUAGCCAACCUCUCCAUCCUACUCUUUUGGUUUGGAGCUUCUACCCUCACUCUCACUCUCCUCUCAUUCUUCUUCUAUGUCUUCCUCUUCCUCCUAAACCACUACCUCGUCCCCGGAGGCUCUGCAUGGUCAGGUUACCGCCAUGCAUUGAAACUCCAGGGACCAGUGGGUUGGCCUGUAUUGGGUUCCAUAUCCGACCAAAUGAGCGCUCUUGCUCAUCGUAAACUGGCCGGCAUGGCAGCUUCGCUGGAUGCAAAGAGACUCAUGGUGUACAGUCUAGGAACCAGUACACGUGUCAUCAUUAGCAGCCACCCGGAGACUGCUCAGCAAAUCCUAGGAGGGUCUUCCUUUUCCGACCGUCCUAUUAAGCAAUCCGCUCGAGCACUAAUGUUCGAGCGCGCUAUAGGGUUUGCUCCUUCAGGGGCGUACUGGCGCCACCUGCGUAGGUUAGCUGCAGUCCACAUGUUCUCGCCGAAGAGAAUUGCCGGACUGGAAGGGCUAAGGCAGCACGUGGUGGACAGAAUGGCCGUGAGAGUGGAGGAGGAGAUGGAGGAGAGGAGAUUUGUGGGUGUGAAAGGAAUAUUGCAGGAGGGUUCCCUGAAUAACAUAAUUGAGAGUGUUUUUGGGUUAGGGUUAGAGAAGGAGGGUAGUACUGACUUGACGUUGACUUUGCAUGAUAUGGUCAAUGAAGGGUAUGACUUAAUUUCUAGGUUUAAUUUGGAGGACUAUUUUCCUCUGAUGUUCUUGGACUUCCAUGGUGUGAAGAGGAAGUGUCACAAAUUGGCGGCUAAGGUUAAGUGUGUGGUGGGUCAAAUUGUGGAGGAAAGAAAAAGAGCAGGAGAUUUCAGUGGUCGGAGUGACUUUCUUAGUGCUUUACUAGCUUUGUCUGUGGAGGAUCAAUUAAGUGAUGCAGACUUGGUUGCUGUUUUGUGGGAAAUGAUAUUUCGAGGGACAGACACUGUUGCUAUACUUCUUGAAUGGAUUAUGGCAAGGAUUGCCCUGCACCAAGACAUCCAAGCCAAGGCACAAGAAGAGCUUGAUACGAUCGUUGGGAAUCACAGGCACGUGAGGGAUUCUGACCUUUCGAAACUGCCGUAUCUUCAGGCCAUAGUUAAGGAAGUGCUCCGGGUGCACCCUCCGGGCCCACUAUUAUCGUGGGCUCGUCUGGCCGUGCAUGACGUCCACGUCGACAAGGUCUUUGUUCCGGCCGGCACAACGGCCAUGGUCAACAUGUGGGCUAUAACCCAUGACCCGGCCAUUUGGAAGGACCCUUGGACUUUCAAGCCUGAGCGGUUCAUUGAAGAAGAUGUGUCGAUAAUGGGAUCGGACCUUAGGCUUGCGCCCUUUGGUUCGGGCCGUAGGGUAUGCCCGGGAAAAGCUCUAGGGUUAGCUACAGUGCACUUGUGGCUUGCAAGGCUUUUGCACCAAUUCAAGUGGUUUCCGGCGGAGCCUGUAGACCUUUCGGAGUGCUUAAUGCUCUCUAUGGAAAUGAAGAAACCACUCGUCUGCCGCGUUAUCCCGCGUGGCGGCCUUACAAGCCAAUGAAGCUAGCUGGCCAGUGAGGAGAUCGAUUAUGAAUGAAUAAGGAAAUCAAAGACAUGAUGAAUAUUAAGAUAUGCAAAAAUAUGUACAAUAUCUAGUGUGACUAUGAAGAUCGAUCUAGGUGGUUUGCAUGCAUAAUGUAUCUGUAAAAUGUUGCUAUUUUAACUAAAUAUAUGAAAGCUGGUUCAGUUUCUGUAAUUCCUGCAUGCAA